AUGUGCUUGCGGGAGCCGAAACAUUCUGCUACCAAUGGUAAAGCUGAUUUUCCGGCAUUAAAAUAUUCUAGUCAUAAUGAUGACAUAUAUCAAGAUAUAAAUCAAGCCUUUGCGCGCUUCUGCGCGCCUUUGCGCAUCUCUGCGCGCCUCUGCGCGACUCUGCGCGCCUCUGCUCGCCUUUGUGCGCCUUUGCGCGCCUUUGCGCGCCUCUGCGCGCCUCUGCGCGCCUCUGCGCGCCUCUGCUCGCCUUUGUGCGCCUUUGCGCGCCUCUGCGCGCCUCUGCGCGCCUCUGCGCGCCUUUGCUCGCCUUUGCGCGCCUUUGCGCGCCUUUGCGCGCCUUUGCGCGCCUCUGCGCGCCUCCGCGCGCCUCUGCGCGCCUCUGCUCGCCUUUGUGCGCCUUUGGGCGCCUUUGAGCGCCUCUGCGUGCCUCUGCGCGCCUCUGCUCGCCUUUGUGCGCCUUUGUGCGCCUUUGCGCGCCUUUGCACGCCUCUGCGCGCCUCUGCGCGCCUCUGCGCGCCUCUGCUCGCCUUUGUGCGCCUUUGCGCGCCUCUGCGCGCCUCUGCGCGCCUCUGCGCGCCUCUGCUCGCCUUUGUGCGCCUUUGCGCGCCUCUGCGCGCCUCUGCGCGCCUCUGCGCGCCUCUGCGCGCCUUUGCACGCCUUUGUGCGCCUUUGCGCGCUUUUGUGCGUGCCUUUGCGCGCCUCUGCUCGCCUUUGC